AUGGAUACCUCAUCUUUCAAGCCAAUUGCCAUUAUCGGCAUAGGCUGUCGACUGCCGGGAAGCAUUUCCAACCCUUCACAAUUAUGGGAAUUCCUCGAUCAAAGACGCUCUGCCGGCGGAAAGCUACCAGAAUCGCGUUUCAAUAUCGAUAGCUACCAUGGCGGCAAAGACCAGCCAGCAAUCACAGAAGCCCUUGGUGGUUAUUUUAUCCAAGAAGACAUCAGGGCUUUUGACAACCAAUUCUUCGGUAUCAAUAAUAGAGAAGCAGGUGUCAUGGAUCCACAGCAGCGUAAACUGCUCGAAGUUGUUUUCGAAAGCCUAGAGAGCGCUGGCGUCUCCCUAGAUGACGCUUCCGGUGCCAACAUCGGCUGUUAUGUUGCCUCUUUUACCCCGGACUUUAUUGCCAUGCAAACCAAGGACGUCGAAAGUCUAAGUAGAUAUAGCCAGAUUGGUAUGGGAACAACAAUACUUGCAAAUAGGAUUAGCCAUGUGUUCAACCUGAAAGGCCCAAGUUGCGUACUUGACACCGCCUGCUCAUCUUCGUUAUACGCCCUUCAAGCUGCCUGUUCGGCGUUACAGGCAGACGAGUGCGAUUCUGCUGUCGUCGCGGGGGUAAACCUUGUGCAAACCCCUGAACUACAUGUGGCGAUCUCCCAGGCCGGUGUUAUCUCUCCUUCAUCAACUUGUCACACUUUUGACUCGACUGCGGAUGGCUACGGUCGGGCUGAUGGUGUGAAUGCGAUCUUCAUCAAGCGACUUGAUGACGCCAUUCGCGACGGUGACCCAAUUAGGUCUGUAAUCCGUUCUGUAGCAGUUAACAGUAACGGGCGCACACCUGGAAUCACACAACCGAGUAUCGACGGACAAGAAGCCGUCAUUCGAAAAGCAUAUGCGCGAGCCAAUUUAAACCCAUCCGAUACCCCGUUUGUCGAAACACACGGUACAGGUACCAGCGUCGGUGAUCCGAUAGAAGUCGAAGCUCUAUCUCGCGUUUUUCAAAAGAAAGAGAGAAAUCACCCUCUACUCUUAGGGGCCGUCAAGACAAAUCUCGGACAUAGUGAGGCAGCAAGCGGUUUAACAAGCCUUAUCAAGGCCACGCUUAUGCUUGAAAAGGGGCAGAUUCCUGCGACCAUUGGCCUGAAGCAAUUGAACCCCAAGCUCAAAAUCGACGAAUGGGGAGUCCAAAUUGUGACAAGCACAAUCCCGCUACCAACUAAUAGCCAGGAGAUUCGUCGUGUCAGCGUCAACUCCUUUGGCUAUGGUGGUGCUAACGCACACAGCAUUCUUGAAUCAGCACCACUGGCUAGCAACAAAGCCUUCAUCAACAAACCUAGAGGUAUAAAUGGAGUCAACGGCACCAACGGUACCAAUGGUACAAAUGGUACAAAUGGUACAAAUGGUACAAACGGCACCAAUGGGUACUGUAAUGGCCAUACCAAUGGCUAUACAAACGGCCAUUCCUAUGAUCACGACGACGCUUCUGCGGAUCAAACCUACCUUCUCCCAUUCUCUGCCAAUAAGCUCCCUUCGCUGAAUGGCAGAGUCGAGAAAUUGCUCGAGUUGGAUUUAUCAUCCAUCGCAGUCACAGACCUAGCAUACACCCUCGGGCAGCGUCGCACGCAUCUACCUCUUCGAGGCUACAUCGUCACCAAGGAGUCAAGUUUUCCAGAAGACAUCAAUAUCGACAACCUUCGUCUCUCCAAUACGGAGAAUGACUACUCGGAACGAAAGUGUGCAUUCGUCUUCACAGGGCAGGGGGCACAGUAUCAAGGUAUGGGCCGGGAGCUCAUGGAGUUUACGACAUUCUCCCGCACUAUCCAUCAAUUAGACGAGGCGCUGUCUUCUCUUCCCCAUGCCCCGGCAUGGAAGAUAUACGACGUCUUAAUGGAUACCUCUGAGAAGUGUCCGAUCAACCAGGCCGAGUUUGCCCAAACCACUACAACCGCUGUGCAGAUUGGCAUCGUCAACCUGUUGCGGGACUGGUCGAUAAUCCCCCAAGGCACUGUUGGUCAUUCCUCAGGCGAAAUAGGUGCAGCAUACGCCGCAGGCCUGCUUAGUGCCCGGGAAGCGAUUGUGACUGCUUACUACAGAGGAUAUCUUGUCACCAAGCUGACCUCUGAAGGAUCCAUGGCGGCGGUUGGUCUUGGGUCCGAUAGCACCAACGAGCGUAUUACCAAGCUUGGACUUAGCGAGAAAGUCAGAGUGGCGUGCAUCAACUCCCCCGAAAGCGUGACUAUCAGCGGCGACAGUGACGGUAUCGAUGCCGUUUUCGCGGCGCUUCAAACAGAUGGAGUUUUCGUCCGAAAGUUGCGAACCGACGGCAGGGCGUAUCAUUCCCACCACAUGAGCGCAAUUGGCCACGAGUACGAAAAGCUCCUAGAGCAGGCUUGGGCUUCAGAAGAUGGAUCCACUCCAGAUCCCACCUCAAAACAGGCGCGGAUGUUCUCGACAGUGGUAUGUCAAGAGGUGAACAAGAAACACGUUCGAAAACCCUCGUACUGGCGAACGAAUCUAGAAUCACCGGUUCGCUUCAGCGAAGGCCUAACGUUACUUUCGAAGCUAACCGAGGGCCUAACUUUCAUCGAAAUCGGUCCUCAUGCGGCGCUGAAGAUGCCAGCCCUGGGCACUUUGGGCAAAACAACCCCUUACUUAGGAUCGCUUACUAGGGGCAAAGACGCAUCGGUAUCGCUCCUCAGUCUCGCCGGCGACCUGUUCACGCAAGGAUUCGGCAUCGACUUUGCGGCGCUCAACAAGGCCCAUACGAGACACGCCGCACCCAAGGUCUUGUGCGAUUUACCUGCAUAUCCUUGGCACUACGAGGAUCUGCUCUGGGCCGAGUCCCGCGUCAGCAGCGAAGGACGCUUCCGUAAGCAUCCGCGGCACGAACUUCUAGGCAGCGAGAUCCCGGGAGGCAACAAGACGACGUUUGGUUGGCGCAAUCUUCUGCAGUUGGAUAAUGUGCCGUGGCUUCGGGACCAUAAGCUUGGCGAGACGGUGGUCUUCCCCGCUGCGGGAUACAUGGCGAUAGCUAUUGAGGGGUUGUUGCAGACGGCGUCGGAUGACACUCUUUCUACUGUGGGGUCAGUUGUGCUUCGACACGUAGACUUGCUCAAUGCGUUGCCGUUGGUCGACGAGAAAUCUGUCGAGCUUUACACUGAGCUUCGACCUCUUGCCCUUUCGAACACGACCACUUCUAAAAUUUGGUGGGAGUUUCAGAUAUCUUCUAUCUCGGAUGGUGUCGCUACGAUCCGCGCCAAGGGAUCUCUCAGAUUUGAUUCGGGGGACUCUGUUAUAAGCCUGGUAUUACCAUCAUCGACUGGCCGUAUAGCGCCGCAGUCAAAACGCCUCUGGUACGAAAGUAUCGCGAGAGGCGGCCUUGGGUUUGGUCCUGAGUUCCAGAUAAUGGAUGAGGUCUAUACACCAGAUCCAAGAGGAACAAGGUAUGCUGAAGCCAAGACGAAACCAUUAAUCCCAGAAGUGAGAGAGGCCACGAAGCCCCGUUAUAUUGUCCACCCAACUUUGCUUGAUAGUCUAUUCCAAGUCGGCCUCAUUUCCUGCACUGGAGGGUUCAUCCACUCUAUGGUCGCAAAGGUACCAACGAAGAUCCGGCAGGUCACAAUAAACAUGCGUUCUUACGCCGAGGGCGUAGGCAUAAUCCGUUCUACGUCGAAAGUCAUUGGUUUCUCUGCCAAUAGUCUUGAUGCCGCCUUGCUCGAUUCUCAACAGCAGACAAUAGCCCAUUUCAAGGACGUUGAUAUCACCACGUUCGCCGGUAAUGAGAAAGUAGAAGUCCGUCAUCCUUUUCUUAGGAUGAGCUGGAAGCAUGACGUAGACAAGAUUCAGGAUAAUGCUUCCUUUUCCCAAGCACUCGACCACAUCCUGUCGAUUACAGAGUUAGGAUGUCUAGGCUCAAGAGGGCAUAUACUAGCCACCCUUGAUCUGUUAGUUCACAAGAACCCCGAUGCGCGUAUCUUGUGUCUUUCCAGCGACCACGUUUUGGUCGUAACAGCGCUAUUGGAAGUUCUGAAGGCUACGUCGCAUCACCGACGUUUUCGUUCAUUCUCCCUUGGCCGAUUAACAAGCAACAACGAGCUCGAAGUAGCUGAGAUCCGCAACUACACCACACCGCUGGGGUUGAAGUCAUUAGGAUACAAAAAAGACCAUUCAACAGACCAGUACGAAAUUGUCAUCCUCCCUGACGAUCUAGCCGUAGUCAAAUUACUCGAUGGCAUGACAACGGCCCAUACCCUGUUCCUCCGCGCUACUGCACCCAGUGUCGAUAGUGAGUCUCUAGUCGACGGGCUUUCCACCAUCUGCUCUACAACCACAAGGUCGCACAGCAUCCAACUAUUUCGGAAAUCGCCCGUUCCAGUUACCCGCACCUCCGGUCACAGUCGCACUAUCAUCCACGUGUGCGGGUCUCCAGCGCACCCCAGCGCCGCCAAAUUGACAGAAGAGCUUAGCACGAGUCUAGCAACGCCCGUGCGACAGAUACCGCUUGCCGAAGUGACGGAAUCGACCAUCCCAGACGACACCCUCGUCAUUUCCACCAUCGAGCUAGAAAAGCCCGUGCUCGCUACCGCCGAUCAGCACGCCUAUUCCGGCAUCCAGCAGAUCGUCGAGCGGGCCGCCAGGAUCGUCUGGGUGGCAGGGUGUGGCGUGAACAAGGGCUUCGACCCCACCCUGUCGCUGUUCGCAGGGCUCGCUCGGGCCAUCAUGAUCGAACAGCCCUCGACGAAGAUCGUUACGCUGGAGCUCGACCCGCGCGUUGGCCCGGGCCCCAUGGCGCGCGAUAUUGAGGCGAUUAUCGCCGAUCAGACCAACGCGUUGCCGAUUGCCGACUAUGAGUUCCUCAGGGAUGGCGCUGGGCUUUUGAUCAGCAGGGCUGUUCCUGACGAUCGCAUGAAUGCACAGUUCCGAGAUCGGGAGAAUGCUGUUGCGACGACGAUGUCGCUUGUGAAGGCGGGAGCUGCGGCGCUGUCGUUGCAGAAGGCUGGACAGCUUAGUACGGCGCAGUUUGUUAAGACGAGGAGUCAUGAUGUUGGGAGUUUGCCGGCUGGCCAUGUCGUAGUCAAGGUGUUGUGCGUCGGACUUAAUGCCAAAGAUGUGUACGCUCUUGCCGGGCGCGUGCAUACGACCGAGGCGUCAUGCAGUCUCGAAUACACGGGCGAGGUUGUUGCGACAGGCUCCGCUGUUAAGGAAUUCGCUGUCGGCGACAGGGUGGCUGUCAUGUACCCCGGGCACUUCAGCACUUUCGAGACCGUGCCGUCUUGGUGCUGCGUGAAGUUGAGACAGGACGAGGAUCUGCGCGUAAUGGCGUCGGUCCCGGUUGUUUUCGUAACCGCAAUUUAUGGCCUGCGUAUCCGCGCACAUCUGAAGCCCGGGGAAACUGUCCUCAUCCACUCUGCGGCGGGGGGCGUCGGUAUUGCGGCGAUUCAGGUAGCAAAGCAUUAUGGGGCGGAGGUAUUCGCUACGGUUGGGACGGACGAGAAGAAGCAGUAUCUUGUAGACAACUUUGGUCUACGAGCCGACCACAUAUUCAGUUCUCGCGAUUCAAGCUUCGUCUCUGGCAUAAAGGCCGCCACGAAUGGCCUAGGCGUCGACGUCAUUCUCAACUCCUUGGUUGGCGAGCUCCUCCACGAGAGCUGGCAAUGUCUAGCGGACUUCGGCCGCUUUGUCGAAAUCGGCAAGCGCGAUAUCAUCGACGGCGGUAACUUGAACAUGGAAGUGCUUUCUCGCGGCACGACCUUUACGGCGUUUGAUCUCAGUAUGCUGGCUGAGUCAAAGUCCCCGGUUAACCAGCGCCUCUACACGAAGAUAUUGGGACGUGCUAUAGAGCUUGUACGGAGUGAGAAAGUGCAGCCCGUAAAGCCGUUAUCGGUCUUCAACGUCUCAGACGUGGCGUCUGCCUUUAACUACUUCAAUAGCUCGAAGCGGAUAGGCAAAAUUGUUAUCUCGUUUGAGGACCAGACCCAGAUGGUUCCGGUCGUGCCCGAUAAGUUUUCAGCUGUCCUAGACCCGAACAAGAGCUACUUACUCCUCGGAUGCUUGGGUGGUCUAGGCCGUAGCCUUUCGACGUGGAUGUUGAGCCGGGGUGCACGUAAAUUUGUCUUCGUCGGGCGUUCGGGCACUGAGAAACCAGCAGCUAAGCGCCUGAUUGACAAUUUGGAAAGGGCUGGCGCAAAGUGCAUAGUGAUAAAGGGUAAUGUGACGAGCGAAGAAGAUAUGGUGAGGGCCGUUGCCGCAGCACCAACUCCCUUGGGAGGUGUCGUACAGGCUGCCAUGGGUUUGAACGAAGCCAUCUUCAGGAACAUGUCUCGAGAGCACUGGCUCAAUGGUACCGAGGCAAAGGUCAAGGGGACGUGGAAUAUCCACAAUGCGCUAUCGAAACUUGGCAGGGAAAAGGAGCUGGACUUCUUCAUCAUGACGAGUUCUAUCAACGGCAAGGUAGGCACCGCUACAGAGGGUAACUACUGUGCCGCGAACAACUUCUUGGACGUCUUCGCCCGUUACCGCCGUAGCCUUGGCCUACAGGCCAUUUCACUUGGAAUAGGCAUGGUUUCGGAGGUCGGCUACUUGCACGAGAACCCCCACAUAGAAGACCUUCUCCUGCGUAAAGGUAUCCGGCCUAUAACCGAGGACGAAUUGCUGCAGAUUUUCGAUUUCGCUCUAUGCGAACCGUCUACUUCAGCGCAUCCUAAGGACCUUCUUUCGCAUCCGCACCUUUUAACUGGUUUGGAGGUUACAGGUCUUCAGGACCAGCAUAAGCAAGGCUAUAACGGCUACUGGCAGUUCCUGGAUGAUGCGCGCUUCUCGGUGCUGACUAGCGCUCUCAAACGGAGUAGCGCUAGCGAGACGACGUCAGGUUCAGGUUCGCAAUGGUCCGCAAUUAACGAGGCACUCGACUCGGGGGAUAAAGAUGGCCUGGUAGCCGUUAUCAAGGAUUUAGUUGCGAAGAAGAUGUCGAAUUUGAUUCUAGUCCCUGUCGCUAAAUUGGACGUCAAAACACCAUUGUCGGACUUCGGAAUGGACUCUAUGCUGGCGGCGGAGCUGCGACAGUAUAUAUUUAGCACAACGGGCGCAGAUGUUCUCUUCUUAACACUGAUGGAUAAAGCUACGAAUGUAACGACAUUGGCGGGAAUAGUAGCGGAUAAACUACAGGAAUCCAGGAAUAAGGAAUCGUCCUAA